AUGGGCCCGUACAUGAUCUCGACCGUCACCUUGGUCAAGCGAGGAACCUCAUCUUCUACCUCAGCAGCGUCCUCCAUAAGCAGAACGCUUUACUCGACCACCGCCGCCGCCCGAGCUCAAUCCAACCAGUCAGGAGCACCCAUCAUGGAGUCCGGGAUCACGCGACACUGGAUCCAGUCCUUCCAUCGAAUGACCCUUCACCCUCACCUUUUCCAGGCAACCAAACCGCAUACUGCCUCGGGGCGACUCGCUGCUCAUAUGCCCCGGAACUGUGCCACUCGUUCUUAUCACCGCUCUUCGCGGGCACAGAACAAUGCAGUAUUGGUGGCAGAGAACGGCAGCGCUGAGCUUAACUAUGUCCAGCAUCGGGUCUCUGACGGGAUAGCCACGACGACUUCUAAUGCCUCGGGGCCGAGGAGGAUUAAAGAGCUCUCGGUCAAUGCCUCUGUACCGUCAUCAAGCACACAAUCAGCAUCAAAAGUAUCAGCAAAACCAACAUCACGACCUAGAUCAACUCACGCUCAACACGCGCCACUCUUUGGCCGCCAUUCCACAACAAGACGAGGACCCUUUGGCAGCGCCCGUCACCAGCUGGCAGCUGAACCGCCACGGUAUCGACUUCGGGAUGUUCGAGAAGAACCCCGUGGCCCGAGCAGUCAGGACUUUAAUCCUUUUAUGAACCAGCUUCCGUCUUCCAAGACCUCUACACGACUCCCAGCCAACGCAAUUGACUCGACAUUCUCAGGACCCGAUGCUUUACCGCCAACCUACUGGGGUAUCAACUCUCUGCGAAUGGCGUCUUCCCAGAACGGUUCGGCACUGCUGAGAUCUGGCGCUCGGUUGGAUCACAGCAUCGAGACCCCGAUCACACUGGAAGAGGCUGUCGGCGUGUAUAAUGCAGGACCAGGCAUGGAUAUGCGUGUAGAAUCUUCGGCACCAGGCUACCUCGGGAAGGCUAAAAUCAACCCAGAGGCGCUUUCCAAGAUUAUUGCCCCAGAGCUGAACCCUUACCUCCUGGUGGACGAGUUUGAGCGACAGUUCGCAUACUCUGGCCAAUGGACGGAUCCUCAUGUACUGGAGAUGAGUCUGCGGAGGAUCGGAAAGGCCAAGAUGUUGAUUGAUGGAGUUCCGACGGCGUUUAUUGAGUCUAGCGCGAACGAGGAGGAUGUUCUGGCGAUGGGUAUUCACGCGGUCGUGUCACCCCUGACACGAGUGAACAGGACACCUUGGCUGGGCCUGUUGUUUGAUACGCUGGAGCAGCGCGAUUGGGUGCGUCUGUUGGAUCGGCCUGUGAUGUUGCGCCUUCAGAGAUCUAUCUUUUCACCCACUGCGAGAAGUUGGUCAGACUCAGAGUCCACACAGCGGGCGCGGACACGAGUGUUGGCGCUAGCGCUACAGAAGCGAGACGCGAAUCGGAUCGAGUAUGCCGAAUGGAGGACACAGACCCGUCGAUUCCGGCUACAAUUGGCGGCCUCGCGUGCCUUGGGAGACCAGCGGUUGGGCGAUCAGGACUACAUCGGCUUUAUGAUGAGCUGCGUCAAGGGCAACCAGUUUCUGGAACUCGAGCUGGCGGUUCAACACUACAUGGAGAGCCAGCACACGGCAAGCCCACCGAAUGAGGCGAUCUACCAGAUGUAUCUCAAGGGACUGGCGCAUCAGGGACGGAUGGACCACGCGCAGGAGGCUGUUCAGAGCAUGAAACGCAAGGGAAUGUCACUCUCGUCCCAGACAUUCGGGAUCAUGCUCGAGGGCUAUGGACGACAGAUGGACGAGCGGAGGAUCAAGGAUAUCUUAAAGUCGAUGAACAAUGCAGGACACCCCCUGACGGUCGAGAUGUACACGUCGAUGAUGUCGAACUAUAUCCGUGCCGACAAGCUAGAUGAGGCGCAGAAGGUCUUCCAGGAGCUCAACCGAUCAGGGCUGAGGCUGGAUUCGCGGUCAAAGAACGUUGUACUCCAACUGGCGCGAUUGAGGGGUCGCAAGGAUGCUGGUCAUUCGGCACUCUUCCGUAGAGCGAUGGAAACCCUGAGUGGGGGUGGAGCCGACGUCUCCAAAGGUACGGAUGUGUCAGAGGAUGAGGCUGCAGUGACUGAUCAGAUUCGAUUCAACACGGUGAUCCAUUACAACCACCGUCUCAAGGAGUGCGCUGAUGCGAUGAAUACCACCAAGUUUGUCAAGACGUUCAAGAAAAUGGCGGAUGCGGGAUUGGAGCCAAACACGACGUCGUACAACAUCCUUGUCAACUACCUGUCUAAUGCCGGAUCCCCCAACGAUGGAUUCUUGGUGUUGGAACACAUGAAAGGGACUCUGCGUGGUCGACCGGACGCUGUUACUUACACGACGUUGAUUAACUGCGCGGUCAAGAAGGGCGAGGUCGAGUUGGGCUGGGGUCUGUACGAUGAGAUGAUGCGCAAGUCGGUCAAGCCUACGCUGCAUACCUAUGGCACUCUGAUCGAUUUGGUAUGCCUGGAUCCUCGGAGCCGGACAGGGCGUGGGAUUGUCAAGCGUCAUUUCAUCCCAGGACGAGAGCACAUUCGCUUCCCGGUCAAAACGGUGAUUGAAGACAGGAUCGGACUCAAUUUUGCUGGCGACCUGUACAACCAGCUCUGCAACCAAGGGCUGAAGCCGAGUCAGCACAUUUUUGGAGGACUGUUGGAUCUGACGGUCCGAGGAGGGUUCAUGCAGUUAGCGCAGCAUGUCUACCUGGAGAUGAUCAACAAAAACGUUGGACCCAACACGGCGAUCAUGACGGCGUUGAUCAAGGGGUUUGCGAUCCAGAGGGACUUUGAUUCUGGAUGGAAGGUGUGGAGGAACAUGGUGGAGUCGAAUAUACCCAGGAACGCAAUCACUUACUACCAUUUGAUUCGGCUCUGUGAGCGGUCGCUGCCUAACCCGAUCGCGAUGGCUGAGGCAUUAGAGGGAUCGACAGCAGAGCUGAGCAGUGAGGAGUCGGCAACACAGAAGCCUAGGAAACGGAGCAACAAGAAGAUGAUGGUCAAGCAAGGCGAAGGGGAUGCUGGCGGUGCGACUGAGGCUACACGGGAGUCAUUAGAAAACACUGCCAGGAUUCCGUUGCCGAUCUGGACAGAGAUUACGGACCAGAUGCAGGUGGAUCGAGUCCAGUGGCCGCGUGUGCAGCAGUUCCGAAGGAAGCAUGUCGAUCGUGCGAUCUGGUCGCCUGUUGUCAAGAAGGUUGGUGCUGUCAGGGCUGCUACUCCGGAGGAUUCAACCAUGUCUUCUCCCACUUCAACGCCGUCCUUGUCGUCGUCUUUGGACGCACACCCAUCGGUCAGAGCCCUGGAGGGAAUCGAGCGAGGUAUUGGUGAGGAGGGUGAGCAGGAACUACAGGCGGAUACUGGCGCUUUGACCGUGGAUCUUGAUGUUGUUGAGUCGGAUUCGCCAAUGAUCAGAGAGAUCUACACUGGCGGUGGAGACUUGUUUGUCCCGAGACGUGUUCCUUCUCGCGGGCCUCGAUUGGCUUGGGAUGAUGAGACCAAGUCGGUCAAGCUGGACAGGUCAAAGCAGGCUAUUACGGCGACUGAACCUGCGGAUGCCGCACCGUUGUAA